CUCGUCGUGCGCGUCUCUGUCGGAGCCAAUGGCGUCAUCGACGAAUUAACAAGUAGAGAGGAAAGUCUUCUCACUAGCUAACCGUUACCGUGUUUCAUAAGCAGAGAGAGAGAGAGAGAGAGAGAGAGAGAAUUCUGAAUUCCUGAUGUUCGAAAGAGUUCUCACUGGGAUCGCAAUGAACCGCUCUACCGUUGGAAACCCAUCCGAAAUAUCGCCGGAUUCCGGCUCUCUCGUCCGUCGAAUACUGACGGGUAUGAUUCUCUUCGCUGCAGUGGCAUUAACUUGUCUUGUUCUCUAUAUUGCGGUGGUCAAUCCCGACGGAGUUCUUCCUCGCCCUUUCGGUGCCUCUUCCACUAUUGACCAAACCUUCUCCUUCCACACCGUCGAUUCGUCUCCGGAUGAUGAGGAAACAAGUCUAGAAAGAAUUUUGAAGGCAGCAGCCAUGGAGGAUGGAACUGUCAUCUUAACUACCUUAAAUGAAGCAUGGGCAGCACCUGGCUCAAUUAUCGAUCUCUUUAUUGAUAGCUUCCGAGUAGGAGAUCGAACCAGUUGGCUUCUGAAGCAUUUGGUAGUUGUUGCUCUGGAUCAAGAGGCAUACACUCGUUGUUUGGUGAUACAUACCCACUGCUUUGCUCUUGUAACUCAAGGGUCAAAUUUCACUGGAGAAGCUUAUUUCAUGACAUCUGAUUACUUGGAAAUGAUGUGGAGAAGGAUUGAUUUUCUAAGAUCUGUUCUUGAGAUGGGUUACCACUUUAUUUUCACGGAUGCUGAUAUAAUGUGGUUCCGCAACCCAUUUCCACACUUCUAUCCGGAUGCAGAUUUCCAAAUAGCAUGUGAUAACUUCAUGGGCAACCCAAGUGAUUUAAGCAACAGACCAAACGGAGGAUUUAACUAUGUCAAGUCCAAUAAGCGAACUAUAGAAUUCUAUAAAUUUUGGUACUCCUCAAGAGAGACCCAUCCAGGGUAUCAUGAUCAGGAUGUGCUGAACAUGAUAAAAUUUGAUCCUUUCAUCACCCAGAUUGGAUUGAAGAUGAUGUUUUUGGAUACUGCUUACUUUGGAGGGUUUUGUGAGCCUAGCAGAGAUCUGAAUCUGGUCUGUACAAUGCAUGCAAAUUGUUGUUAUGGCCUGGAUAGUAAACUCAUUGAUCUCAGAAUUAUGAUUGAGGAUUGGAGAAAAUAUGUGUCUUCUCCACCAAAUAUGAAGGCCUCCAGUUUGCAAUUCUGGAGGGUCCCACAUAAUUGCAGUCUUUCAUCUUUCCAUCCGCCUCCAAAGAAGAAACAACAAGAGCAGAACGAUUGACAAUCAGUUACAAUGUAUCUCAUCUUUUCUCAAUAGCCAGCUUUGCAAAGGUUGUAAAGGAGUUUUAUUAAUUUUCUGUUCUGUGAUUCAUUGUGGAUCGUAUGAAUAGCUGGCCUUUAACAAAGGGAGUCAAGUUUAUCAUCAAUUGCUUCUCUAAAGGCAUUAGGGGGAGUGGAUGCAUUGACGGAGGAAGGAAAGUAUUCAAGGGAAGAGUUUUAGCAAAUGGACUUUCAUAUUUCAUGUAUCAUUUGGAAACCCCUCUUCCGGUUCCGCCUUUUGUUGUAACGCACGUCAACGUUUACUGUAUAGGAAUGUCGAAAUUAUGGGACAUCUUAUCUUAUUUUGAGGUAGGUGGUAGAUGCUUUUCAAGUCUCCCUCUCUCUCUCUCUGUUUGGUAUGGAAAUUGUUUCUUACGGGUCAGUAUAUAUGAUGUUGGUGUUUUGUUCUUUUCUUCA